GAAAUAACCAUAGCAACCAAGGUCAAACAAACAGCGGCAAAAAUAUGUUUCAAAAGAGGCAAGUGUGAAUGAAGAUUAAAUUUAUCAAUAAUAUUUAUAAAAAGCGUGUUAUUUUGUUAUUUAUAUUUUUUUAAACUUAGAUCGGCUAGUGGAAAUUAUAUCCAAACCACUUUCUGUGUCGAGUGGGUUAAAGAAUGAGUCUAAUACCCAAUAAAUUUUUACAUUCUCUUCAAAGAUAACAAUAAUCCCAUGGCUCAAGGAUGGCACAUCAGCAAAAUGGGCUUGACUAUGCAAACAAGGACCGGGACCUGCCGUACUGGCUCGAAAACCUUACGAAGGAGAUGAAAGAGACGCAUAUUCGAAAUAGCAACAGUGAUUCUCCAAUUCUGGAGGAUACCAAAUACAAAAUCGAAAAUUCUAAAUUAGAAGGCCGUAGGUUAACGCGCCGGACAUCAUUAGAUACAACAAUGGAUAUGUUAAUGAAACCGCAGCUAGGAUCUGUUGCGCACUCUGCUGGUACUUUGCGCCAACCAAAAGCGUACAGCCAAAACGGACGCCGCGUUUACAACGUUAGGGGUAAAUUGGACUGGGGAGACUCUUCCAAUGCAAGCUCCAAUGACUUCUUAUCAGACUUGCUACCACAUUACGUUACGCCACGGCAUCGACGAGCCAAUAAUUUGAUGGACGAUGAUUUUCAUGACGUCAUUCUAGGCCCCAGGCCGCAAGAGCCAAAAACUCGUAAAAAGCUCGUUACCAAAGAGGGCAUUACUAGCUUGCAAGAAAGUAAUUCAGUCAAGAGACCUGGUCCAAAAAACAUUACGAAGAAACCUUCAUCAUUAAGUUCAGUUCCAUUAAAACAUGGAUUGAAGGAGAAGGCCAAGAAUGAGUUCGUCAUUCCUGAGUUACCAGAAGGACGGUUGUUGGAGCUAAAGAUUUUCUCUAACUGGGGUGAUAAAUAUUUGGUUGGCUUGAAUGGGAUAGAACUCUUUGAUUCGGAUGGCAAUCCUGUUAUUGUGGAGAAGGUGUGGACUGAUUCGGACACAGGGGACCAAUCGAAACACGGGCGCGCUGAGAACAUAAUAGACGGCGUGAUGCGCACUCGUGAUGAACGGCAUGCUUGGACCGUGCCAGCGCCACGUGGCAACCCUAUAGCUUUAUCUGUUUUAUUAGCUGGAGGCUCCAGACUGGCGUUAUUGAGGAUAUGGAAUUACAAUAAAUCGCGCAUAUAUUCUGCUCGUGGCGUCAGGUUGGUUCAAAUAAAAUUAGAUGACCAAGUUAUAUUCCACGGAGAAAUCGCGAGGUCCAGUGGGGAGCUGAAGGGGCCGUUGUCGUCGUUUGGUGAUACAAUCCUCUUCACGAAAGACCCUGCUAUACUGGAGGCUAUAAUGCAAAAUGACAAGAACUUCCAAGCCUUACUAAAGGACAAUGAGCCGAUGGCCGACUUCCCGAACAUUAUCGAGAAGCGACCUCCAACGGCGAACGAUAGUAAUCAUAAUAUGAGCCCAACGGCACUUUUAGAAGCUCUGGAUAUUGAAGAGAAGGAGAUCAAGUACAUCGCCAAGAAAAUCAAAAUGACGCUCAUGUCUACUUGGGGACAAAGGCAUUUGGUUGGACUCACUGGGAUCGAGCUCCUUUGUUACAACGAGCCGGUCAAGAUUCACCGAGCGUAUGCAUACACUGCAUUCAUUACUGAGGACCAAGCGGCGGAACAUAGUAAUCUCAUAGAGUGCAAGAGUUUGUUCAACGGUAGGAACAUCACCACCGACUUCGAAGACAUGUGGUGCACGAACUUUGCGACCGGCAACAAAUUCUGUCAUAUUGUUAUGGAGCUGAUGGAACCCACUGAGAUUACCAGUAUCCGUUUAUGGAACUACAACGCGAAUAUGGAGCUCUCGUACAUAGGUGCGAAACACGCGCGGAUCUCCCUGGACGGUGCCCCACUAAACUACCGACCAUUGUUACUACGCCGCGCUCCAGGAGACACAUGCUAUGAUUACGUGCAGCAGAUCGACUUGCUCGCUGUCGACGAUAGGCUAGACGAUGCGAAAGAUACGGAUAGCUUCCGCAUGGAUUGCUUAGUAUACGGUACUAACCUGGAUAUGGGCGCUCCCACCGGCUUCGUGCUGCAGCUGAACAUAUUCUCCACUUGGGGCGACCCUUACUAUGUCGGCCUCACAGGAGUCGAGCUGUUUGACCCUCAUGGAAACUUGGUACCGCUCACUGAGACAAAUGUAUGCGCUCAUCCAGCGAGUGUGAACGUGCUGGACCCGCGCGCUGCAGACGUGCGCACUCCGGACAAACUCAUUGACGGACACAACGCGCGCGUCGGAGACGCUUCGCACUCCUGGCUAGCACCUGUACUACCACACACACUCAACAGGGUUUAUUUUGUAUUCGAUGUCCCGGUAUCCGUUUAUGGUAUCAAGAUCUGGAACUAUGGGAAAACUCCAACAAGAGGCGUCAAGGAGUUUGGAGUUUUAAUGGAUGACUUGUUGCUGUACAACGGAACUUUGGACUGUGCCAAAAGUGAUGAAAAUCUCAUGCCGCAGUGGUUCUGCUUGCAGAAUUUAGAUGUGGACACAUUGACGCCGACGUCGUCGGAGAUGAGCCAGCGGACGACGACGAGUGGUUCGAGCGAGAGCGCGGACCCGAGCGCGCGCCCACACACCAGCGUGCACCUGCUGCACAAACACUAGCCGCGCCCGCGGCACCGCCCGCCAUGCAUUAACUUUUAUCUAAUUCUGACAAAAACCAUCCGCAGUAAUGCUAAACUAUACUAUUCGUUACGGUCACAACACGACUAAAUUAAACUCUGCCUUAUUGAGUUACAACCGAAUUUGCCCCAUUAUAGAUUAAUUCUUACUUAUAAGAUUUUGUUUAGGAACUAGAUCGCAUCGUUCAAUGUGCUAUUUUGAAGGUGAAGUUUGAAAUUUCAGAGAUUUCUUGUCAGUUAGUGUAAGAUGGGUUUCUUUCGAGACGAGCGUAGUUUCACUUGAGCACUCGGUUUCAUUGAAAAUAUGUUAGAUGUUAGUAGGAUAUGCAGGCAUGUAGUAAUUUCGUAGACUGCGCACCCGCCAAACUAAUUUAAUCUUUAUUUAUUUAUAACACGAACUAAUUUUAUAUUUUAACGUAUCGUACCUCAUUACUUAGAAUAAAAACGGUAAAAUUGAAAGCUUGGACGUAAGUAAAUACAUAUUGAAAUGAUUUGAAUGUGUUGGAAUAUUUAAUAAUAUAAUAUAAUAGUGUCCGUCCAAUAUAAGUGUGGCCUGUGAUGAUGUUGCUAGUCGGAAAUUGUUGUAAUUAGUUACGUGACCGUGUAACGUCAAUUUUUGUACCACAAAAUAAAUGAUGAUUUAUAAU